GCGCUUCCUGCCAGCCGACUGCCAGCCCUCUACAAACUAUGGUUACAUGCGUUUAUAUUUUUCGUAGUCCGCUAGUCCGCCAGAAAAACUUGAAAUACUUUGACGUGUCUUUGUUGGAAUUUUUUAACUUAAGACUUGUGUACUGACCUCAAAUUUCCCGUAGUGCGCGUUACAGAUCAGAGAGGUACGUCUACGCUGUAUGUAUGCGCUGGCGAAGGAGUUCUCAGUUUCGCGAACAGAUCGAUGUAUGUGGGGUUACCGAUACUCUGAAGAAAGAGCAAAUUCAGGUUUAUUUUUGACAGCUUGAAAAAUGCAACGAAACAUUCACGCUGCUAUUCAACUAAAUGUUUAUGUAUUUUUAAUUUCGUCCCAAAAUAAUCCGAUGUAAGAGUACUGUUUUGUUACAAGUCUAGUUUUAUCGGCUAUAAAGAUGGCUUUGCCUUGUCUCUUAAGCUCUCAGCAGGCCACAAACGCAAAUGACUCGGUACAACUCGGUGCAUGCUCUUUUUUGUUUGUUUGUUUGUUUGUUUGUUUGUUUUCAGUGGCACUUCACAUGGAAAAAGAGAAGGUAGCAAAGAAGAGUAUAGACCCUGAAGGAUGUAGAGAACAAAACACUAACGAAGAUGUGGCAUCGAAAGGAGAUGAUGUUAAGCCAAGGUGACUGAAAAUUAUAUUAAAGUGAUUCAACAGCUAGCUUUAAUUUUUUAGCGGAACAUACCACACAAUCCCCCAUUUGCGCUCUAUCCUCAACCACUGAUUUUAUGAUAAUUGAAAUUCAAAAGACAAAUGUUGGAAUUUGUUUUGUUGUUGUUAAGUAGAGGUUACUCAAAAGGAAGCAGUGUUCAUUGGCGAGGAAACUGGUGUUUAUAUGCUUCCAAAAAAUUUUCUUUUAUCCCAGCUGUAAUGUAAGGCUUAUGGUAUAUGAAGUUUCCGUUAUUUUUUCUGUCCCUCGGCAUUUGAUAUCUGUGUGAUUCUUCUUCCUGACUCUUCAAUGAUUAUAUCUUUUCUAACUUUUUUAGUGAGCCAAAAGAGAAGGCCAAGGAACCGGACAAAGGAAACAACAGUUUAGCAGGAUCAAGACAUGACGCCAGUAUCGUGAACCGCGGUGAAAAUGCUUCCCAUGAUGAUAUUCAGAGAAGUUGUCAGCAAUUAAUCGAUGACAUUAAUGCAAAGCGGAAGCGAGAUACUGAUUUACUAAACGGUAGAACAAAAAUUUUUUUCUUUGGCUCUUAUUUUUUCAUCCAUUUUCUUAAAUUCCUGAUUUCACAGUGUUAAAUGACUUCAAGCAAGCUAGUAGGCGUGCAUUCAACCUACAGGUACAGGUACUAUUUUGGGCAAAUCAAAGUUCAUCCAAACCUGUUUGCUAAGCUACUGAUGCUUUUGAAAUUCUUUUUGUAAAACUUUUCUUCUCGUGUUUGAUCAGGUGGAAUAUGUUUACUCCAUAGUUGAUUGUACUGGUCGAGUCCGCUGAGGUUUAAUAGUUGGAGUCAGUUUAAGUCUCCGGUUUGACCUUCUGUAAGCCUUUCGUAGCGUUUUCGAGCUGCAUGGAGGGGCCUUUCUUCUUAUCACAGCACGAACAAAGCUGCGACGACUUAUCUAAUAUCUAUCCCUGAUACUCGAAUAGCUAGGAUGGUUUAUUGAUCAUGAUAAAAAAAAACAUUCAUUAGAAGGUCAAGAGAAGACUUGACAAGUUGUCAUGAUAUUCUGUAAUCAACCUCUUCAUUUCAUUCGAAGAGAGCAGCCAAUAUCGUGCAUUAUCGUGAUUUUUAUGACAUCAAAACUAUCAACACUAUCAAAACUAUCUGAGAUGUAAAUAUUAUAUCAUUCAUUUAAUGAAAGAGGUUACAUCAAAUAAAUAAGUGAAGUGAAGUAAAGUUUAUUGUCAGAUUUAAGUUUGAAAUGAUUUCGAGCUGGUAUGGUCCAGGUAGCUAUCAGAUUCAGCUACGAAAAUGCGAGUUCUUUUUGCAACCUGAGCACAGAAUUGCAUUUUUAAAUUUUUAAAAUUUUAUAGAUUUCCGGAAGGUUCUGGAAGAACAAAUCAACACGUCAUGCAAUGUUUUGGAAGAAAGCAUUGUUCAAACUUAUGAGAAGCACAGCAAAAUCAUCCAGGACAAACUUCAGGAGUUAUUUGCAGUGCUAGAAAGGAUAAGUAAGUGUACUUUCUCUAUUAAUAAACUCGGUGGGAGGGUGUUCCACAUAUGAACAAACACACUUUUAAAAAAGUAAAUGACAAACACCCACCUGUGGACUGACUGACUAGUCAUCAUCGUCGGUCGGCUACAGGGUCCUGUCGUUUAUUUAUUGAUUUUUUAUGAAAUCUAAGACCAAGGCCAAACGUUGAACUUUUCAUGAGACGAACCAAAUUGGUAUUUGGGCCGACUCUGAGUCGUCCUUAGUUUAGUUAUUUUCGACUACUAAAUCAAACGUCGAACUUAAUAUCGAACUCAGAGUUGAAAGGAAAUUGCGCGAAAAAGUUCACAGUCGUAUAGCAGGGGCACCGAACGAGAAUAUAGUUCAAAACCACUUCGGAAGAUAUAGGCAUAUAUUUGUCCCUAAAAUUUUUUCAUCUGUUCGGAUUUCCUAGCUGAAAGUCUAGUGAUCCGAAGAUUCUAGGUGACCUUUUAAGGGUAAAAAUCCGUUAAAAUGGGCAAUUGUACCAUUUUUUAAAUGUUCUGAAAUCCUAGGAGAGGCAGGCGAACAACAAAUGUUCCGAAAAUUCUAGAUCUCAAUUCGUCUUUCGAACAGAGUCAACAGAUGUAUUGCGAAAAUUGUCGUUGGGUGCCCCUGGUAUAGCGUAGGAUGGAACCCCGCUUUGCGGAAAGCAGGCUAUAACGGACAGUCUUCGUUGUCCUCGCCCGUGACAAGCUCUCCAGCCAGUGGGGACGUCGCGAAAACAAGGUCAAUGUAAGGGAAAAUAGAAUUCGCGUGAUCUGAGAAAGGGGGCGAGCGCCUUCUCUCCCCUCAGACCCCGUGCGUUUUUAGCAUCAGUUUUCUCAAUCUCUCUGGAAAAGGCUAUCGUUGUCCCAGGGUACAGCUCGGCCUCCGUAUAUUUUCCAUUGAAUAAACUGCCCUUGGGUGAACUGCACUGUUGCAGCACCUUUGCACCGUCCAUCCGUCCGUCUGAAACGUGUUUGUCGAUCCAAAGUCAGUCAGAUGAACUUAAUCUGAGACAAACCUCCAAAUUGUCAUGAACUAAACUCACUCAGUUUGAUCGUCGCAUGAAAAGUUCGACUUAUAGUUUUGCAGUGUUUCCCCUCCAAGAAGCCAUGGAAAUACAGGUCCGGCAUCAGCAGGUAAUCCACGUGAUUAGUCAACACCCAACGUAAAUUAAUAGUGGAUCCUGAAAGAAAGAUAUAAGCUGUCGUUCAACACAGCCACUUUUCUCGUCGCUUUCAAGUAACCUCUUAAAUCUAAAAGCAUGAACUGUCAGCACUUCUCAUUCCUUUCCUCCAAUGUCCGUUGCUGGUUCCUUUACUUACUAGCCUAGUGAAAGCUACUUCAUUUUGAUACUGUCAGGAGAUAUUCUUCUGAAAAUUUAGCCUGCGUGGCAGGCGUUUGAAGGGGAAGGCAAAGGGGAAGUGAAGGCGCGCUCAGGCCACUCAAAAUCAAUUAAACGUGACUUUGUUUAGAGGGGAUAAACAACUGAUGUGCAUGUAGAAAAAAAAUAACAUAUCGUGACCUAGCCAUCGAUGCCAAGUCAGUGAUGAAUAUAUGUGGGUUCAUAUAACAAGUUAAAUAUAUGUUAAUUCAAUUUGCACUUGUUUCUUGAUGUUGCCGACAGUUCUGAUCCAGGGAAAGAAAUCAACUAAAUUGGCGUAUGAUGAUUUCUCACUCGACAAUGUGAAAAUACAUGGGCAAGUGAUGGUGAUGACUUCCCAUUUUUUAAAAACAAAACUCACCUGUUUUAAUUCAGAACAGUUGUGAACAUCUGAUGUUUCUUUUAAUAUAGGAAAUGGGAUAAUUUCUUGUCAUUUUUUAAAUCGUGGCAUAUACACUAGGUAUUGCUGACUACUUCUCGUAAAAUAAUCAUUGUUUUUUCGGCAGGCAAGCUUGAAAGUGAGCUGAUGGACUUCAAACAAGCCCUCGGUGUCCUCUAUAACGACAUGCAAGUCGUGUAGGC